UCUAACUCUUGAGAUGCCACCACAGAGGCCAGACUCACCCAAGACAUAUUCAGCGGCCGACAGACUCUCCAAACCAUAUUCCUUUAUGCACAGCUGCAAGCAAUGCUGGCCGUCCCGGCUUAUGCGCUGUCGACGGUCCUGACCAAAUGCGCCAUCUGUGUCUACUUCUUCCGCCUGACAAUCUCGCGCGAGGUGCGCAUCAUCGCAUACGCCACCAUGGCUCUCGCCGCCGGCCAGUGCCUGACUCUGAGCGUGAACACGAUAACCUGUGCCGCCAGCACCAAGAACCUCAGCAGUACGCUAUUUGCGCAAUCCGACCCCGAUGGGUAUCCAGCCUGCGCCAAGACCAGCCUCGUGUGGGUCAUCACUGCCUUUGUCAACUCCUUCACCGACCUGGUUCUGCUGGUGCUGCCGCUCUGGAUUCUCCAGCCCCUGCGUGCGCCUUGGCGGAAGAAGCUGGUCGUCAUGGGUGUUCUGAUGGGCGGCGGCUUGCAGCAUAUACAGCGAGUGGACCUCGGCGGCGCUCUGGUGGUGAGCCGCAACGCCGAUCUCAGUGUCCUCGACGUCAUGUUGCAACGUGCUGACGCAGAACCCCUGUCUAGCAACGUCGAGCUGCUCUUCGGCCUAAUCUGCGCAUGCCUGCCUGCCGCCAAGGCACCGUUUAACCAUGUCCAGAAAGCCAAGCGCUCCAGCACAUCCUUCCGCCAGAUCAAGCUACGCACCCUCACGCAGCCGGCGCCGGGCGCCCUCCCGUCCCAGGGUGCCCUCGGUGGUGGGGGUGUAGUCAGACUCGGCAGCUCAGACCCGACGACGGCGUACAAGGAGUCAAACUUUACGGCAAAGCACAGCAACAGCCACAACCACAACAGCAGCAUCCACGGCUUUGAACCGGGGUGA